AUGAGAAUCGAAAAGUGUUAUUUCUGUAGUGGACCAGUAUAUCCAGGUCAUGGUGUUAUGUUUGUUAGAAAUGAUUGUAAACAAUUCCGUUUCUGUAGAUCAAAAUGUCAUAAAAACUUUAAAUUAAAACGUAAUCCAAGAAAGACUAGAUGGACUAAAGCAUUUAGAAAGUUAAAUGGAAAGGAAAUGACUGUUGAUAAGACAUUAGAAUUUGAAAAGAAACGUAAUAGACCAGUUAAAUAUGAUAGAGAAUUAAUCAAUAAUACCAUUAUUGCAAUGGCAAGAGUACAAAAAAUUAAAGAACGUAGAGAGAAAACUUUCUACAAGAACAGAAUGGAGGGUGUUAAAGGAAUGCAAAAGAAACAAAAACUUAAGGAAAUCAAUCAAAAUCUUUCUCUCAUUAGAGGUCCAUCCGCUUUGAAUAAAUUACAAGAGAGAAUUAAAAAUAAUGCUGAAAAAAUUGAACAAUUAACUACAACUAAAAUGCAAUCAUAA